CUGAAAAGCAGUACUUGUGAGGAAAAAGAAACUCUGUCAACAUGGCUAUGGUAUCAGAAUUUCUGAAACAGGCAUGGUUCAUGGAAAAUCAGGAACAGGAAUGUAUUAAAAGUUCAAAAGGUGGCUCUGGAGUACAGUCAUACCCUAACUUUGAUCCAUCAGCUGACGUUGUUGCUUUAGACAAAGCCAUUACUGUAAAGGGUGUGGAUGAAGCCACCAUCAUUGACAUCUUGACUAAAAGAACAAAUGCUCAGCGUCAGCAGAUCAAAGCUGCCUAUCAACAGGCUAAAGGAAAGAGUCUGGAAGAAGCCUUGAAAAAAGCUCUGAAAAGCCACCUGGAAGAUGUUGUUGUGGCUUUGCUCAAAACUCCAGCUCAGUUUGAUGCUGAAGAAUUAAGAGCCUCUAUGAAGGGGCUUGGAACUGAUGAAGAUACCUUAAUUGAGAUUCUGGCCUCAAGAAACAACAGAGAGAUCAGAGAAGCCAGCAGAUACUACAAAGAAGUGCUGAAGAGAGAUCUGACACAAGACAUUAUCUCUGACACAUCUGGAGACUUUCAGAAGGCUUUGGUUGCUCUUGCCAAGGCUGAUCGAUGUGAAGAAUCUUAUGUGAAUGAUGAGCUUGCUGACAAUGAUGCCAGG